AUGCCUUCUUUUCAGAACAUCACCUUCGGAGUCGAGCUGGAGCUCAUGACCCCCCUCCCCGACUCCUACCGCAUGUGGCGCUUCAUCUCCCCCUGCGCAGCAGCCCGCUACAACAUGGCAGACCUCCUCGCAAAACGAACCUCCCUCCCCAUCGCAGCGCAAUGCUGUCAUGCCCCAGAUGACAAGUGCACCAUCUGCGCUACAGUCCCCAAGGAGAACCAGUUCAACGAUGACUGUGUGUUGCAGUUCCCAGAGAUACUGUCUUGUGGAGAGGUUGUCUCGGAGCGUUGUUUUAUCUUCAAGUCUGAGUUUCUUGAACAAGUUCAUCCGUUGAGUCAUCAACGAGAUUGGGAUGGUGUUGAGAUAACGACGCCCGUUUUUCACGCUGGUGAGUUGGACAGUGGACUUGAUACUAUGAAGACUGCUCUGACGAACCUUCGACAGCUACAUCUUCAAAUCUCUGCUGAUGAUUCAUGUGGCAUGCAUGUCCAUGUUGGUGUCGAAUCAGGUAUGACUAUCCUUCUCGCUCAGAAGAUCACCACUCUCGUAAUCCUGCUCGAGACAACUCUUCUUCUCCGUCUUGUCGCGCCCCCACGCUGGACAGGCCCUUUCUCCAUGCCGAUCUGUGAGAACUCGUCUCUAGCAAUGGACAUGUACCUCCACAAACCUCUCGGGGACCCUACUCUCCUCAACCAGCAUGUUCCGUGCAUGAGCACCAUGAAACCAGGUAAGUGGAACAACUGGUAUCCCCAGCACAUCUACAAGAUGCUCUACGGCGUAUGGGGCAGCACCAUCCUCGAUGAUCUAAGCAUGUACCUCAAAAAAGCAGGUAGGCACCGCUGCGGCUUCGCCCUGUGUCUACGAGAUAUCGGUGCGGGGAAUCUUGAAGGGUCUCCUUCGACUGUGGAGUUUCGAUACUCGCAGAUGACGUUUGAUCAUGAGCUUUUGCGUAACUGGACGGAGAUUCUGGCGAGGAUUGUAGUUAUUGCGCAGGGUGAUGCGGAGGAGUUUAAGGGGUGUGUUGAGGAGAUUGUGAGUAUUAAUGGGAGGGAUGAUAGGGAUGUUUGGAAGGGGUUGAUGACGGAUGUUCUUGGGCUGGGACAUCGUGUUCCGCAGUGGGAGGAGCAGUUGAAGUAUUUUGAGAGGGGUGAGUAUAUUUCUCAUCUUGAUGAUGAGUUGCUUCUCAAGUCUCUUUGA